GGACAAAUUUAGUCAUGAUGUUUUAUCAUGUAAAUGCAACUUUAAGCGAACUGAAAGUUUCUUUUUGGAAGUUUGUAUAUACUUCCGGUUCUCCCUGUAGAACCUGCCCUAUUUUUGACAAGAUGAAAUUUAAUAAAUUAGUAACGUCGUCAAGAAGAAAAAAUAGAAAAAGACAUUUCACAGCUCCGUCUCAUAUACGAAGAAGACUUAUGUCUGCACCCCUUUCAAAGGAACUCAGAUUAAAAUAUAAUGUUCGAACUAUGCCAAUUCGCAAAGAUGAUGAAGUUCAGGUGGUGAGAGGACAUUAUAAAGGCCAACAAGUUGGCAAAGUAAUUCAAGUUUACAGGAAAAAAUUUGUCAUAUACAUCGAAAGGAUUCAAAGAGAAAAAAUGAAUGGUGCUAGUGUUUAUGUUGGAAUUGAUCCUUCCAAGACUGUUAUUGUCAAACUAAAAAUGGACAAAGAUCGUAAAAAGAUUAUUGAUCGAAGAGGUAAAGGUCGUCUUGCUGCGCUUGGAAAAGAUAAGGGCAAAUAUACUGAAGAAAGUGCAGCUGCUAUGGAAACAUUGUAAAGAUUUUAAUCCAUUGACGCAGUUGUAAUAUUUAUAAAUAAAGUUUCGAAUAUACAUUCGAAAUUUUUAAUGUU